AUGCCUGUCUCCCAUCUUACCCUCACGGUCUCGAACCUCCCUGCCUCAACGUCCUUCUUCCUUUCAUGCCUCCAGCCAUUGGGAUACUGUUUUAUGGGCCGCCAUGAAAACAACGUUGGAUUCGGCACAGAGCCAGGGAAGCCUGCGGAUUUUUGGAUUGCAGAAGAGAGGCCAGGUGUCCCAGCUGGAGCAGCACACAUCGCUUUCCCCGCUCCAUCCCGGGAUGCAGUCAGCGCUUUCUUCAUCGCGGCGUUGAAAGCAGGGGGCAAAAUCCACGGCGAGCCAUGCGUGCGAGACUCAGAGCGGAAUUACUUUAGCGCUGCAGUAAUUGACUUUGACGGAAACAGCAUCGAGGCCGUCCAUAGGAAUGAUGCUCCAAGCGUCGCUCCUAGUCGGAGAGGAAGCGUUGUGAACGAGAAAGUACUCUCUGUCGUCGAGAAUGGGUCUGUUGUAUCAAGACAUUCAACGGCUAAAUCGAGAGCUAUGACUGUUGCUGCAAAGUCGGAAGCUGGAUCUACUAUGACGGUGAGGAGAUCGUCGAAAUCAGUCAUGGCUCCGCAACAACAGCAACUACAACAGCAACCACAACAGCAGCCACGACAGGAACCACGACAAGAGACCAAUGUCCACUAUAUCGUCACCAAGGAGAAGAGUGGUGAUAAUCUGUCCGGCGCGAAGGCAGUGGUGGGCACUUUACUUGGGGCUGCCGCCGGAGCCGCCCUUGCAUAUGCUAUGGUUAAAGGAGACUCGCAGUCCCAGCAGGAAACUAUUACUCCCGUCACCACCACCAGAUACGUCGAGGCUCCUCAGUCCAGUCCCUCCAUCUCGGGUGGAGGUGCCUACCGCGGCCUUGAGUCUGGCCAGCAACAGGGGCAGAUUGAAGAUGGGUACGCCAGGAGCGCCGCAUCCAAGAAUCCAUGGGCUAGCACGGUGUUUGAUGGGCUAGAACAGACCAGCCGAAUACUUGAACAGGCCAAGAGCUUUACCGGUAGCGCUGCUGGAUUCCUACCCGCUGCUGGCUCUGCCGCCGGUUUAGAACGCCGUCCCUCCAGCGGCAGCACCUACAGCGCAUCAGGAGAGAUGGAAAUGCCCAUCCGCGCAAUCGAGGGUAUCCCAUCUGGCGAAGACAACCGAUCCGUCUACUCACGCACAUACCCUUACAACCCUAGCACGUUCAUAAGUAGCUUCCACGAUCAACCGGAACGUCGUGAUCGUGACCGUGGCGAUUCCGGCAGUGCUUGCAGCUCCGGAAGCUGCUGCUCACAGCGCAGAUCCAGCCAGGGUCAACACAUGGAAAGCAACAACUACUACGCUAAGAGCGUUGCCUCCAGUCAGGCAUCGACUAUUAAGCCGAAAUCUAACAAAGCGAAAUCGCAGUAUUCAAGUCAUUCGAGCCAUCACUCAAAACGCUCGUCUGCCUCCGCAACUAACGAAAGAGGAAUGCGCACCAUCGACGAGGAUUACGGGUAUGACUUCGACAUGCCUAGCGGCAGCGUGCAUUCCUCUACCCAUUCUGCACGCAACAUCCCUCUACCAGCCGGAACAGCCGUCUCGUCCUCCUCGAAAUUGUCUAUUCGUUCAAAACACUCCCACCACACCAGCCACAGCAAACACUCUUCUCACUCUCAUCAUGACCCUUCCUCGUCCCGCCGCUCAUCCACUUCCAGUCACCGAUCUGCGCACCAAAUCCCGCUCCCACCUAGCGUCGCCGGCGCCAGCACCAUCUUCCUUAAUGACGGCAUUGACGUAGACUCUCACGUCACUCCACGCCCACUGUUUGAGUCCGAGCGUGCAUCCAGAGCCUCAGUUUCGUCGAAGAAGUCGAAACAUAAACGCUCCAAGUCAAGCAGCAGGUCGAGCCAGGCCAGCGGCCUUACGAGUGGUGGAAGUAGCAAGUUCGACGACCCUGUCCUACCAAGUGACAGCGUCAGUCAGAUUGGGAGCUGUGUGUCGAAGAAGAGCAGCAGAAGCAGGCGAUAG